GCGGAUGGCCUCAAUAGAAGAAGAGGGUAACAACAUUCAUCAAAAGCAACAACCCCCCUCAACUAUUGGACGUGCCCAACAGCAAAACAAAGUGCCAUCAGCACUUCGCCCCUUGCUGGAGGCAUUUGCUCGCGAAACGUUACGAUCUCAGCCAGCUGAUUUGGUUAAAUUUGGGUGUUGCUUUUUUAAUACACUUGACAAACAUUGUGAAAUAAAAACUCCAAACGGAAUCGAAAAUUUAUUGAGUGGAAAUAAAUCAGCUUAUAAUUUAUUUCGAAUUGAUUUACAAGAAAACUUCCAAUUAAUUACAAAAACGGCCAAUUCAAAUUUAACAAAAAACGGCGGUGGAGGGGGGUCCCCAGUUAAUUGCUCUCGCCGCCACAACAAUCAACAAAGGCCUAAUAGUCCAAUGGACAUUGCUGCAACUAAAAUACAAGCUGCAUUUCGUGGGCAUUUGUUACGCUCUCACCCAGAAAAGUUUGGCUUGGACUCUACCAAAAUCAACGGAAUUUGCCAACGGCAAAGAAUGCGUCGAAAUUCGAAUGAACGACUGGCUUUAUUUGAUAAUCGAAAAGAUUUAAAACGUCAUUCUGUUGGUGGUUAUAGCCACGCCCAACAAUUAACAGCAUCCCCUGAAGACCGUGCAGCAACUAAAAUCCAAGCGGAAAUUCGUGGGUAUUUAACUCGAAAACAUAUAGAAAAUGAAAAGAAACAAAACCAGACUGCCGCUACAAAAAUACAGGCACAUAUUCGCGGGUAUUUAACGCGUAAACACUUGGAAGAAAAAGGUGUUUUAGUUAGCCCUCCACGUUCUCGAACUUCUACAAAUGCACGUUCUGAAAUUAAAAAUGGAAUUGAUUUUUGA